AUGGUCGGCUCGUCUCGGAUGGCGAUUGGCCGAGGGAGGGGGUGGGCGGGGCGUCGCGUGUUUGUUGAUUGCGAGAGAGAGCGAGGACACGGGCAUAGGGAAGUGAGUGGAGCAGGAAGGACGGCGGGGACGGUACGAGAUAACAAAGCCCUGAACAACAACAACCACCACAGCCAGAAGUCGGGGAGAAUAACGGGGUGUUUUAAUGCCUGCGCCUGGCCCGGCCCUGCAAAGCGCAGCCGUGCGGGUCGCUGGCGCUCCGCGGCCCCUGUCCGGACUCCUGCAGACUCGCCGCGCCGUGCCCACCACGCCCCCCCAGCGGCGCUGGCGCGGGGGUGUCCUGGCUGCAGCCCGGAGCAUGGCCUGUGCCCCCGCUCGGCGGCGCGGGUCCCGGAGCGGCCACAGAGAGCGCGGUUUGUAGGCUGCAAUGGAAGACUGACCCUCCUGGCCAAUCACCUUACAGCUGGUCCCAGCAUUUCCACCAAUCCCCACCCGGCCUCCGCCUUCCUCUGCUCCACCAGUCAGGGGCCACGUGUUCUCUGGAGGACCAAUGAACUCGUGUCGUGCCUCCUUAGACCCGCCCACUCCGGCACGCCCUGGGCCCUGCCAGUCCGUCAUGACCGGCGCCUCCUGCCAGCCGGUGGCCAAGGAGCCUCUGUCUCGCUCUCCCAUCCCCAGCACCGCCUUCUCCUGCCAGGCCCUGUUUGGGAACAGGCUCCCCUCCUCUGAUGCAGUCUCCAGCCUUUCUGUGUCCUCCUCCUCUCUCCCUGCCUUUCUGUCCUCCCCUCCCUCUGUCUCUCUUCCUCCUCUCUC